UGUCGUACAUUUUGACGUAGUCAUUUCUGUUGCACGGACUUUCCUGUUCUGUACUGUUUGGGUGCAGAGAAUUCUAGUUAACAUUAAGGGGUUAUACAUCUAAUAAUAGUGGCGUCGAGUGGCUAGGGUUCGAUUCUGCUGUUAUUCCUGACAACAAAAUCGGAUAGAAAAACUCCUGCCCGUAGAGAAUGGUCACCAGGCUAAAUUUACAUUGUACCUUCUUGCAUAUCUAAUGACAUUUGCAACGUUAAUGUGAAGACAGACUAUUGGUCUCGAUUGGUCCAUUUAAGUAAAGUAGACAACUAUGAAUAUUUAUAAGGGUCUUCCACAUUAUCUAAUCCCCCAUGCAUAUAAUGCGUUGUUAUGAAUCAGCCUGUUGAAUCUCACGGCCGCACUUUCAUCCGCGCUUUGGAUCAACUGAACGUCUCGAUAAAAACAUGAAGGUGAUACAGAUCUAUUGGCUGGUCUGUGCCUGUUGCUUUUCCCGUGAUAAAUUUGGGGCAGAAGCCGUGACAGGAAGAACUGCUGAGCCUGAAAACCACCAGGAUCCGCAGCAGCAGCAGCCUCCCCAAGCGCUACCUCCGGCCGAUGAAGACGUGAAAUGUCCCCCUCUGGGCAAUUUCACCGCAGCGGAAGAAGGUGGAACACUGCCCGAGCAGCCAGCUUGGCCCGACUCCGGAAUGGGCCAUUUUGGAAUUCCAGCGAACAUCACACAGGAGGAACAGCAGAACGUCACACUUUCUGAAGAGGAGGGUAGCGCAGACUCGUGGGUACAUGUAACCCCCGCUGAGCUGCGGCCUAGAGAGGGCCCCUAUCCCGGGUGCGUGACCGCCGCCGUGGCCUCCUGUGCGGGCCGCUGUGGGGAGGGCUUCUCUCCGGGGGACGACAAGAUGUGCCUGUGUGAUCUGGACUGCCGACACUUCCGAGACUGCUGCCUGGACUAUGGCGAACUCUGCACCGAGAGUUGGCACAGGGAUUCUAAGCGAGAGCGGCGACCCGUCGUCACGGAGACCUCUUGUUCCAACCGUUGCUAUUCAGACAACUCCAUCAGUGCGACAUCUUGCGACUUUUCGAACUGCAGCCGACGCAGCACCUGUUGCAGCGACUUCGCUCAGGAGUGCUCCAACCGGCAGCAAACACCUCCGGACCCAGUCCAUCGGGCAGUCCGACCGGCCCCGUACGAGUGUCGGCCCAGCGGGAACACCGGCACCUUCCACUGGAUGGUGGCGAGCUGCCCGGCAGCGUGGCGCGACGCUAACGUCAGAAGUCAGUGCGGGAAGAUUCAACUUGUUUCUGCUGCUGAGGGCUUUACAGGGGUGAAUCUCACCAUAGAAGAUGCUGUGUACAUCACUCCUGUGGUAGACGCGGUCUCCUUGACGACAUAUUCCAACGUUUUCUGUGCUUUGUGUAACGGGGCGUCGCACAUGCUUGAGAGCUGGCAACUAGAGGUUCAAAUGUCCUGCGAUAACUCGUCUGCACCACGCGAUUUACAAAGCCUAAGAGAUGGGUUGUGUCAGGCGUUUCUGUUCCAUUUCAAACCCCCUCAAUCAUUUGAUGCUCGGCGCUGCGUGCCGAGUGACCAUGUGUCUCUCGGGCCGACUUGUCCCGUGGACCCCUCCUCCGGCCUGGUGGCGUAUGUCCACAGCGACUCUGUUCACAAAUGUUACCGUAACGUGUUCAGCGCGCUUUGCCAUGGUAUAGAUGUGUCCGAUCUAGAGUGUGGGCUGCUCGUUGCACAUUUCUUGCCGGAAGAACACCAACCUCAUUUUAUCUUGAAUAAUUUGAAUCUUGGCCAGCUGUUUAAUUUCGGCAGUUUGCUCCACGGCCCUGAUAGGCCAGAUACAGUCGAAGAAGCAGCCCGCUGUCCCCCGAGUAGCUUCUAUGACCCGAUCACCGACGCUUGCCGUAGGUUGUACCGCUCUCCACCUAACCUGAUGCACCCUGACGAACCAUCAGACUGGUGUAGUAAUGACUCCGUACCCUACAACAUUUCCCAGGUAUCCCCCCAGCCCAGCGGCGAUGUUGUGCUUUUGGGCGUAUCAGACAACCUGACUUGUAACGCGACGGAGUAUCUCAUCGUGGAGAACCAGGCUUACGUUUGUAAGUCGUGCUUACGUCGUUACGACUCUGGUACCGGUAUAGACGCUAAAGAUUUGUACUCGCAGACACUGCUGACGACCACCAUGCUCAGUCUGUCCAUUGCCUCGGGAAUCGGCUUCAUCGCUCACGGUGUGUACUAUAGAAAGUUCUCUUCUACUCCGGACAGGCUUAAGCUGCAGCUUGUCGUCAUGCUCACCCUGGCCGAGUGCCUCUUCAUUUCCCGCUCUUUCCUCGCUGAUCUCGAGCGUUUCUGCACCACUGCCGCCAUCCUCCUGCACUACUGUCUUCUCGCAACUUUCCUCUCGAUGUCGUCGCUUGCGUUUGAUCUGUUUAGGAAGCUCUGCUGUGCCCAGUUCAGCAGCUAUGGGGUCCCGUACCGCCGCUAUGCUGUGUUCAGCUUCGGGCUGCCCCUGGUCCUGGUCAGCGUGUGUGCUUUCCUGGAUUUUUCUCCGUGGACAGAGGCAUUCCGUGUAGGGUACGGUGGGCAGAGGUGCUGGAUUGACAAUGAUUGGGCUUCUCUCUUAGCGUUUGGUGUGGUGGUAGGGCUGGUCGUUCUUUCCAACGCUUAUUUCUUGGUGUGGAUCGUCGUAUCCCUGUACCGCUCGGGCCGUGAGACGGCUGCGGCACGCACGGGGGCGGAGAUUGCCCUGAUGCGGGUUUGCUUCCGCAUCACCAGCCUGAUGGGGCUGACCUGGGCGCUGGGUUUGGUGGCUCCGUUCGUGGAUAACGCCGUCCUGUGGUUGGUGUUCACGGGGAUGAACAGCGCCCAGGGGCUGCUCAUUGUCAUCGCUCUUACCGUGAAGAACUGCAAGGCCUGCGGUUCGAAAUCCGAGCUGUCGGAAACUGGGAAGGGAAGCCUGGGGUCGAGUGAGAAGGGUAGGCUGUACCAUGUCACCGUCCGCCAGGAGGGGUGCCCUAACAUCAGCAACAAUAUCACCAAGCUGUAAACCAACCAUUCGAGCAUGCACUGUUUCGGCAUGUCAACAUACGUACGUGUAUGAUUAGAGGUCUUCAUGACAUUGUGAUUCAUAGUGAAAAAGGAAACAGAGUCUAGAAUUACGAUGACGGGGAAGUGUCAGGAAGAAUAAGUGUAUUACAUAUAUUGAAAGAGUAUUAUAUGCCCUCUAAAACCCAGCUUAGAAACAAAAUAAACUAUACGCCAUGUGUGUAGACCAAGGACAUUGUGAAGUUAGGAGCCUUUACCGAGGAAGAAAACAUGGGAAUUGUACAGUACUCCAUUCAGGUAGUAUGAAUUGAAGUAAUGUG